AGGUGAAAGAGAGAGAGUGCAGUGGAGAGAGACAGAGAGAAGGGAGAGAACCGUUGGAGAGUCCGUUUUUUCGGUUAAUAUAUGAAGGUGAAGCUAUGGUGUCGGAUCAAGAUAUCGCGAAAGGCGUGGAGACACUGCUCCGUCAGUCUGAGCCCAACUCAUUCACCUCCUUAAACGGCGUCGUUAAGCAGCUGGAAGCCAAACUAGGGCUCGACCUGUCCCAUAAGGCUGCCUUCAUCAGAGACCAGAUCAGUUUCCUGCUCCGGUCUCCCCCUCAGCCCCUUCCCCCAAAAGACCAUUUUGCCCUCCAGCAACACCCCCAAUUCCUCAGUCCCCACCCCCAAAUCCCUUCCCAUUUUGCCCUUCAGCACCACCGCCCACCGCCGGAAGACCUCAACUUCCUGUACCCCCUCCCCCAGCCUCAGCAGCAUCAGCCACAGACGCAGCCGCAGCCGCAGCCGCAUCACCUACCGAAAGGUGAAGCCUUUCUGCAGAAUGCAGCUAGUGUCGCCGCCCAAGCGCCCAAAGAAAGUGCUCCAGCUGCAGCCAAAAGAAGAGGCGGCUCGGGGGGUCUAAACAAAGUCUGUGGGGUUUCAACUGAACUUCAGGCUGUUGUUGGCGAGCCAACCAUGCCAAGGACACAGAUUGUGAAGCAGCUUUGGGCAUACAUUAGGAAAAACAACCUCCAAGAUCCUAGUAACAAGCGAAAGAUAAUUUGUGAUGAUGCCCUCCGCUUGGUGUUCGAGACAGAUUCUACCGAUAUGUUCAAGAUGAAUAAGUUGCUUGCUAAACAUAUCAUUCCGCUUGAACCUUCAAGAGAAUCCAGUCAAGCUAAACGGUUGAAGGUGGAUGUUGAGUCUGCAACUGAAAGUAGUGAAGCCAGUCCAUCUCCUGUAAUGAUAUCUGAUGCACUUGCCACGUUUUUUGGUACUGGAGAUAGGGAGAUGCUCCAAGAAGAGGCCCUAAGGCGUGUUUGGGAGUACAUAAAGGUCAACCAAUUAGAGGAUCCUCUAAAUUCGAUGGCAAUACUAUGUGAUGCAAAGCUUCAGGAGCUCUUUGGAUGUGAAAGUAUUUCUGCACUGGGGGUAUCUGAGAUGUUAGCGCGCCAUCAUUUGUUCAAGCGAUCUUGAUGUUUGGUCAUGUUGACUGCAUUUAGGGGUUCAUGAAUCUCAAACUCAAUGCAGUUUUGAGGGCUAGUUGGAGCUUCACUUCUCUUGGGAUCUCCAUCUUCUUUCACAUUCAGAUACUAGUAACUUUCUUAUCACUGUUAGUUCAGGCUGUAGUUCUGAAGCUUCAGCCUGAGGUCCUGAGUGUCUGAUACUGCCUGAACUAAAUGAUCAAGUUCUAGUCAGCUGUCUCCUUGUUACCAUUUCAUUGAGUAAAAGGUAGUGUAAAAUUAACAAUAUCAGCAAGUUUUUAGCAUCAUCAUCAUAUAGUGUGUGUGUGUGUGUGUGUGUUUUUCUUUCUUUAUUAUUAUUAGUAUUUUUUCUGAUUCAACAACCCAAUUAUCUAUUUCAUAAACUUUGAGUUGUUGAGUCCUUCGGCCAGUCAAAAGAUCCAAUUGUUUGCUGCUAAGGCACAUUUAGUUUACUCAAUGAGUCUGGCAUUGGCUUUUCAGACAAUUAGUUUGAGUUUGUCCUCAGGAAUUUCUUCCAUGCAUUUAUUAUUGUGAAACCAUAUUUGUCUGAGGUAAUAUUUUCUGGUGUCAACUUUUUGAUGUGUUUAUAGAUUUUCCCUCUUGGUCAAGUACUAAUUCUUUUACUUGUGGAUUGAUAUAUGGUAAGAGAAAAAAAAAAAUCUGAU